GGGAAGAGUAGAUCGUUUGGGAGCACAUCACCUGUGACCGUUCCCAGAUUACAGGUUUUGGGGAAAGAGGCAUUCCCAAGUAAACAAAGGUGGGAGACAGAGAACUGCUGAUUAAAGGAGGGGGCAAAGCUUUUGAAGAAGAACUGAUUGCUUUUCCAGUUGCUCUUCCGCCUCAUUUACCCUACCCACUUGAGCCCUUUACACCGUGACUUACCCAAAGAGGCAUGAAACAUACACUUCUUCGAAUUUCCCUGGCUGUCGGGGCAUUUUGGUUUAAUGCUAUGAAGAAAAUCUUGAAACAAUGAGUUACUGGAGCCUUGAGAAGCGGAGUUGUAUGCAGUACUGCAGACAUUUUUUGGUGGACAAUAGCGUGUUUCAUGUGGAAAGAUGCAUGAGUGUAAUGCAGUCGGGGACGCAGAUGAUCAAACUGAAGAAUGGAACCAAAGGGCUGGUCCGACUCUUUUUCCUGGAUGAACACCGGACCUGCCUCCGCUGGCGACCAUCCAGGAAGAACGAGAAGGCAAAAAUAAUUAUCGAUUCCAUCUACAAAGUCACCGAGGGUCGGCAGUCUGAAAUAUUCCAUCGUCAGGCAGAAGGGAACUUUGAUCCGAGUUGCUGCUUCACCAUCUACCAUGGGAACCACAUGGAGUCCCUGGACCUCAUCACGUCCAAUCCCGAGGAGGCCCGGACCUGGAUCACUGGCCUGAAAUACUUGAUGGCCGGGAUAAGUGAUGAAGACUCCCUUGCCAAGAGACAGAGGACACAUGACCAGUGGGUGAAACAGACCUUUGAGGAAGCUGACAAAAAUGGAGAUGGCUUAUUGAACAUUGAAGAGAUCCACCAGUUGAUGCACAAACUCAACGUCAAUCUGCCUCGCCGAAAAGUCAGGCAAAUGUUUCAGGAGGCAGACACAGAUGAGAACCAAGGGACCCUGACGUUUGAGGAGUUCUGUGUGUUCUACAAAAUGAUGUCAUUGCGACGUGACCUCUACCUACUCCUCUUGAGCUACAGUGACAAGAAGGAUCACUUAACCGUGGAAGAACUUGCUCAGUUUCUGAAGGUGGAACAAAAGAUGCAUAACGUUACGACCGAAUAUUGUCUUGACAUCAUAAGGAAAUUUGAAGUUUCUGAAGAAAACAAGGGGCAGAAUGUUCUUGGCAUUGAAGGCUUCACAAGUUUCAUGCGCAGUCCUGCUGGUGACAUAUUUAACCCUCUUCACUGUGAGGUGUAUCAAGACAUGGACCAGCCACUCUGCAACUACUUCAUUGCUUCGUCUCACAACACGUACCUGACUGGAGACCAGCUUCUCUCACAGUCCAAAGUUGACAUGUAUGCCCGCGUGCUGCAGGAAGGGUGCCGUUGUGUGGAAGUUGACUGCUGGGAUGGCCCAGAUGGAGAGCCAGUGGUGCACCACGGUUACACCCUCACGUCCAAGAUCCUCUUCAGAGAUGUUGUGGAAGAGAUCAAUAAAAAUGCCUUCUUGAAGAAUGAGUUCCCGGUGAUAUUGUCUAUUGAGAAUCACUGCAGUAUCCAGCAGCAAAAGAAGAUUGCUCAAUACCUCAAGGAAAUAUUUGGUGACAAACUGGACUUGUCAUCUGUAGAGCCAGAAGAUUCCAAGCAGCUCCCUAGUCCUCAAAGUUUAAAAGGCAAAAUCCUAGUGAAGGGUAAGAAAUUGCCAUUUCACCUUGGGGAAGACGCUGAGGAAGGAGAAGUUUCGGAUGAAGACAGUGCAGAUGAAAUCGAAGAUGACUGCAAGUUCAAGCUCUGUUAUAAUAACGGAACAACCGAGCACCAGGUGGAAUCUUUCAUAAGGAAAAAACUGGAGUCACUAUUAAAAGAAUCUCAAAUCAGGGACAAAGAGGAUCCUGAUAGUUUCACCGUGAGAGCACUAUUGAAGGCAACCCAUGAAGGCUUAAAUGUGCAUCUGAAACAGAAUCCAGAUGUGAAAGAGAGAAGAAAGAAAUCCCAUGGACGAUCCAUAAUGAGUAACUUUGGAAAACAUAAGAAAACUUCAAAAUCCAGGCCCAAAUGUCACAGCACAGAUGAUGAUGAAGAAGGGCAGCAAAAUUCCUCUGGAAAGGAAAGUGGUCAGCUGUACAGGCUGGGCCGCCGAAGGAAAACCAUGCAACUGUGCCGGGAUCUCUCUGAUCUGGUUGUCUACACCAAUUCUGUGGCUGCCCAGGACAUCGUGGAUGAUGGCACUACCGGAAACGUGUUAUCGUUCAGUGAAACAAGAGCCCAUCAGGUGGUGCAGCAGAAAUCCGAACAGUUCAUGAUUUACAACCAAAAACAGCUCACGAGGAUUUACCCGUCAGCCUACCGGAUCGAUUCCAGCAACUUCAACCCCCUGCCCUACUGGAAUGCUGGUUGCCAAUUAGUGGCGUUGAACUACCAGUCGGAUGGGCGCAUGAUGCAAUUGAACCGGGCCAAGUUCAAGAUGAACGGCAAUUGUGGCUACGUUCUCAAACCCCAGCAGAUGUGCAAAGGGACGUUCAACCCUUUCUCUGCUGAUCCGCUUCCUGCCAACCCGAAGAAGCAGCUCAUACUAAAAGUGAUCAGUGGACAGCAGCUCCCCAAACCUCCAGAUUCCAUGCUUGGAGACCGAGGAGAGAUCAUCGAUCCAUUUGUUGAGGUGGAAAUCAUUGGGUUGCCUGUGGAUUGCUGCAAAGACCAGACCCGAGUGGUGGAUGACAAUGGCUUCAACCCUGUCUGGGAAGAAACUUUGACAUUUACCAUUCACAUGCCUGACAUAGCCUUGGUUCGGUUUCUUGUUUGGGACCACGAUCCGAUUGGAAGAGACUUUGUUGGGCAAAGAACUGUCACCUUCAGCAGCCUUGUGCCUGGCUAUCGACAUGUGUACUUGGAAGGACUAACAGAAGCGUCCAUAUUUGUUCAUAUAACGAUCAAUGAAAUUUAUGGAAAGAACAGACAACUGAUAGGUCUCAGAGGGCUAUUCAAUAAGAAUCCCAAGCACAGUUCUUCUGAAAGCAAUUCCCAUUACGUCCGGAAGCGUUCCAUCGGCGACCGAAUUCUGCGACGCACCGCCAGUGCUCCAGCUAAAGGCCGAAAGAAGAGCAAAAUAGGCUUCCAAGAAAUGAUGGAAGGAAAAGAUAAUACGAUUGAGGCCACCGGUGCCAGAGAGAAAGAUGGCGUGCUUCGGAGAACCACAAGGAGCCUUCAGGCGCGUCCGGUAUCUAUGCCUGUGGAUAAAUGUCUCCUUGGGGGAUUGUCACCACCCCUGGGGGAAAUCGUGAAAGAAUCAAAAGGAAAAGAAAACACAUUUGAACAUAGGGAUGGUGCAAGAAAUGGAAGGACACAUAAAAAAGAGCCAGCAUUUGCCAGACUUGAUCAAAAACGAUCACCCCACCGUUCCGCUCCUCUCCCCAAAGAUCCCAGCACAGUGGUCCCUGUCGUUUCCUGUGCUGAGGUGCAAACAGUGUCAGAUCCGCUAGCAACAAGAGACUUUUCAGGGAGAAGAUCCCAACCUAAACUGUCAUCAAAGACUCAGGAACGCCUUCAUCCCCGCCAACCUAUUUCUCCAAGGCAGCAUUCCGGAACAGGAUCCGAGAAAGAACUAUUCAAAGCCGUGUAUGGGGCAGAAAGCAAGAAGGAAAGGAGUCCCGCUGUUUCCAACCAAACCAAAAGAACAAUUUCAGGAAAUUCCCUAUCUCAGAGUGAGCUGGAAAUUAAAAGUAGAGAGGGGGAUGCAAUUCAGGAGAGUUUCGUGACCUCUUUUUCACUGUCAGAUAUCUCUGCGGUCUGCUCCGAAGGACGCGACUUACACUCCACUGCCGUCAUGCAGGAGAGCGACAUCUCUCGCCUGAUUGAUGAAAUCACUUUGACAGAUGAGAGCCAACUGGGCAGUUCAGUCUCAGCACUGAUUGGCCAAAUGGACAUCACCGACGACCGGACCGAUCUCACCGUCGUUUCAAGUCCUCAGGGUAGCGGCGGUCAGACCUUCAACAUGAUGCCUGGACUUGCUCCAUUCCUUAGCCUGGGCCCCAAAACGCCCCAUGCGAAUACAUUCCCUAAUGGCAAACCCGUGGCCCCCUGGCGACACUCAUCCCUCGAGACCACAGUCUUUUCCAGCCCCGAGACCACAGAAUAUUCUACAUACACCAUUGUCCAUGAAGCUGCGCCCACCCUUCUCUCAAAGUGCCACCUGACAGACCAACCCACUUGCAAGAACAAGUUGAAACACACAGGUGGCAGCGGACUGUCAGAGUCUUCUGGCACUCCUCGCUUUUGUCACCUCAGUCCCCAGGUGAAUCAUGUCAGAGUUUGGAAAACCUUCGAGAAUUGCAGCCCCUCAACUUUGGACGACAAGACAUCAGAGAAUCACCCCCUGGGUCUUAAUUCUGGAGAGAGCAGUCUCAUGGAAGUCGAAGGGGAUUCGGAAGACCUCCUGAUAACAACUUACGGAUAUGGGAGAGACGAUGCGAGAGAGCUCGCCUCUCCUUUAAAACUGAAGCGGCAUAACUGGCCUUUGGACCCCUCCGAUCAGAGAAACUUGGAGAAUGGCUCGUCUCACGAUGCCCCUCCCACUCGCGCCCUUGAAGUUGCUAACAUUCGAGCCAUAAAGAAUCGCAGUAUUUCUUGUCCGGCUUAUCAAAGUGUAGGCUUUGUGCAUAACGGUUACCUGCAGACUUCAGGUGGGAAGGCUGGCCCAUCAUGCAUGCCCCUGAAGACCAGUGCUCACGCCGUGCCCUCUCUUUCAACCAGUAUCUCACCACCUUACCCUCCUUCUGCGGCACUCAAGCAGCCGAGCCCAUGCAAGUCGAAAAGCCUUGGAGAUCUGACGUCAGAGGACAUCUCUUGCAAUUUUGAAAGCAAGUACCAGUGCAUUAGUAGGAGUUUCAUCACCGCCGGCAUGAGAGACAAGAGGAUUGUAGCCGUGAAAGCUAAGAGACCACCAUCCACUGACACUCUGACAGAGCAAUUGAGAAGACUGGUGUCCUUUGACCAAGAAGACAGCUGCCAAAGUCUGUGUUCUAAGGAGGAGGAGAGUGACUGUCCCAAGACAUUAGUCAGAAAGCUGUCAUCCAGGAGUCAGAGCAGAGUGCGGAAUAUCGCCAGCCGGGCCAAGGAGAAGCAGGAAGCCAACAAGCAAAAAAACUGGCACUCUAGCAACGUAGGAGGGGUAGUUCUUAGAAACAAACCCUCGGCUGCCCCUCCUGCCGUGAAUAGACACUCCACUGGCUCCUACAUAGCGGGCUAUCUAAACAACCUGAAAGGUGGAGUGCUCGAAGGCCGUGGGAUCCCGGAGGGCUCCUGCAAUUCACUGAGAUAUGGUGGUUUCGACCAGAUUUGUACAGACCAUUCCGUUUUUCAGACUGAGCCAAGCAGCGAGGAUAAACCAGAAAUUUAUUUUCUUUUGCGACUGUAAACUGUACAGAGCUACCCUUUCAAUGUUUACAAGCUGUUCCCCAGAAUCCAAGCUUUUCAGUGAGAAGUGUGCUCCCCUCUGAAACUGUUUAGAAAUGCCAUUUCAAAGCUUGCGUCCUGGUCUUCCCUUGAUCGAAUGCGUGUUUCCCGUUGAGGAGAUGUAAAUAGAUCCCGUGGUCCCCCCAGUUCAUGUGUGAUUUUUAGUUGGGUGUUGUGAAGUGAAUGAAUCAUGGAAAGUUUGCAUGCCGUAGAUGUGAAGACUCUCAGCAGCCUAGGUUUGUUAUGCAUGCGAAUUUGAGCCGCAGAGCUCUCCUGGACAUUUUUGUGCCCAUGUGCAAAACACUGCAAAAAAAAAAUUAUCUUUCCUCUUAUCCCCAUUCCCCACCCUAAUCCUACAUUGUUGUGUCAUGAGAGAGUUUGAAAAGGGGAUAAUUUUGGAAGUUUUCAUCUCUGUCUUCACCUGUUGCCUGGGAGGAUGAAAAUACUUUUUUGUAUGUUUGAGGGAAUGACUGAUUUGUAGUUCAGCUUCCAGAAACUUAAAAGGGGACAAACAGAUGAACACUUGUGUGUACCUUCUCCCCUAACCUCCCCACUCAGAUUAAGAUAAGAAAGAUCUCGGAGACCGGGACCUGAUUUUCUCAGUGUAUUUUCCAGUUCUCCCAGUAAAUGGUAAUUUGGGGGUGACGAGGGAGGAAAGGUAACUAGAAAAAAUCUGUAUAUAAAAUUGAGAAAAUAUUUGUUUUACAUACAUUUUGUUACAUAUUUUUGCUACUGGCUUUGUAUGUAACUGAAACACAGUGGCCGAGAUGAUGUGAUAAUUUGUAACUCCCUGACUACAUCAUGGAAUGUGAGGAAUGGCUUGAAUGAAUAAAGGGUUUGAUUCAAGAAAGAUAAAAUACAAUCUUCCAAAAUGAUUCCAAGGGAAAAAAAAUGGUAUUUUCAUGCUGAUGCUGAAGACCAAUAAAUUGAUUGGAAACCUCUUCCUUCUAGGGAGCCAAGUUAGCCAUAUUUUAAGGACCAAAAUGCUUUGCUUUCACUGUGAUCACAUUUUCUGUGUUAUGUAAAAGAUUUACCUCCUCUUUAGUUUUGUAACAUCAACUAAUGUUAUUCAUGGGAUUGGUAAAAGCAUAAUUAAAAGAGAUUUUUGAGCA